AUGGAUCUUAUGUGCCACGAGAAACGCUCUGCUUCUCUUGUCACCCUCCCCGAUGACCUAGUUUUCAUGGAAAUCCUGGUGCGACUGCCCGUCAAAUACCUUGUGCGCUGCAAAUGCGUCAGCACCUACUGGCGCGCUCGCAUAGAGGAUGGUGACUUCGUCCGCGAGCACCGCGACCGCUCCAGCGCGAGUCGGCCGUCUUUGCUCAUCAUCCCCCGCAAUGUUGGUGAGGGUGAUCGAGAAGAGUUCGACGACGACAUCAGCUUCUACAUCCUCGGGCCGGGACAGGAGCCAGACACCUUCGAGGACAAGGUGGAGCUGAUGUGUGAGAAGGCAUGCCCACCCGAAUUAGUGGAAGGCAUCACAAACUUUAUCUACCCCACGCACUGCGAUGGCCUAGUCGCCAUUGCGACUGGCACGGAUCAGGUAUUCCUAUGCAACCCAGCCACCCAGGAGUUCGUCGCCCUGCCGCUCGGCACCCCGGACGUCGACAUCGACAACAUGAGGCCUCCAUCGGCAGCCAUCGGCUUCGACCUGUCGCAAAAGCAGUAUGUUAUCGCCAGGUACUUUUACCGGCGCCGGUGCUUCGACGAGUCCACUGGCAAGCUUGACUACGACAUCGGGCAUGAGGUGUUCACGCUCGGGGACAACUCCUGGUCCUGGAAACCCACCGUCGACCCUCCGCACGCUAUCGGUCAUACGCGACCGGUGUGCACGGGAGAUGUCAUCUACUGGGGGUGCGACCACAUGGAAGACCCCCUUCCGAGCUCGUUGAUGCGGUUUAGCCUGCAGUACAAGACGUUCGAUUUGGUGCCAUGCCCUCCUGGUUUUGCCUACAACUCCGCCAUCGAGCAUCUGGCAGAUCUGAACGGGAAGCUGUGCUACGUCAACCUUACAACCUCGGAGAAUACCUUUGACGUGUGGCAGCUGGCGGACGACGGGACACUAUGGUUGCCGCGUUGUCGCAUCGAUCCAGAUGACUGCUUGGAUAGUGUUGCUUUUGGUUCCGUUGCCUUCUUGCCGCUUUUGACGGCCGGUGGAAGGAUGCUGACGAUGGUGUCCGACGAUGAACAGAGGUUGUACUGGUGCGAUGAGAGGAGCGGAGAUGUUGAAGAAGUCGUGGACCUCGAAGAGGAUAUCGAUCUCGAGGGAUGGGAUGACUCAGACUACUGCAUUCACCACAUCGUCCCUUAUAGGGAGAGUCUCAUCUCCAUCACGAACUGUAGGGUGUAAUGCUGCUAGCCCAACUAAGCAAGCGGAUGUGAGAUAUCUUGUGGACUCAAUCUUUUUCAAUUCAUGUUUUGUUCAGGUUUGAGUGAUACCAGGUUUUUGCCCCAUAGUUUGUGUCCAAAUCAGGCACAAAUCAGUGGGUUUCCUGAUAUUGCUCCGAGCUCGCUAUUUC